AUGCCCACCGAAUUCAUCAGUGUCACUUUCCCCAACGCCUCUACCGAGCUCGCACCUAUUCCUGGUGCACCCGUCGAUCCCGAUUUUCUCGUGAAGUACGCUCGAGCGCUUGACGAUAAUGAUUACAAUUACACUCUUAUACCAUACGGCUCAUCCAGCUUCGAUCCAUUCACACUCGGAGCUACCGUAGCUGCUGUCACCAAAAGGCUCAAGAUCAUCAUCGCUCUACGACCCAACACCAUGUAUCCUACCGUUGCUGCUAAACAGCUCGCUACUUUAGAUCAACUCUCCGGUGGUAGAGUAGUCGUACACUUCAUCGCCGGUGGAGAUGAUGUGGAACAAGCUAGAGAAGGGGAUUUCUUAAGCAAAGAUGAGCGAUAUGCUAGACAAGAGGAGUACAUCAAGAUCCUCAGGAAAGCAUGGGCUUCCUCCGAUCCCAUCAACUGGGAAGGGAAAUACUACACUUUCAAAGAUUUCAGAAACAACGUCAGACCCGUCAACGGUACUAUCCCCGUAUCGGUUGGUGGAUCAUCCCCAGAAGCUUAUAGAAUUGGCGGCGCUCUAGCAGACAUCUUUGGUUUAUGGGGUGAACCAUUGAAGGAGACAAAGGAGCAGAUCGAUAGGAUCUAUGCCGCAGCAGAUGCUGCUGGUCGAGCACCCAACGAUCGACCCAAGAUCUGGGUGACUUUCCGACCUAUCGUAGCUGAAACAGAGGAAUUGGCUUGGGCAAAGGCCCAUCGAAUAUUGGAUCUUCUGAAGUCCAACAGAGCAGGUGCACCCAUCUAUCCCAAUAGCGAUAAAGGUCCUCAGAAUGUCGGUUCACAACGUCUGUUGGAGAUAGCUAAGAAAGGUGAAGUUCAAGAUAGAGCAUUGUGGUAUCCUACCGUCACGGCUACUGGUGCUAGAGGAGCUUCGACUGCUUUGGUCGGUUCUCCUCAAACCCUCAUCGAUUCGAUCUUGGACUACGUGGAUUUGGGAUGUGAACUGAUAUCCAUCAGAGGAUACGACAACUACCACGAUGCUCUGGAUUACGGUAGAUACAUCAUUCCUGGUGUCAGAAAGGCAUUGAAGGAAAGGGCGAACGGGGCAGAAACUAAUGGUGAAGAAGUAAACGGUGAACGACCUGCUAAGAGAGCUAGAGCUUUAAGGGACUAA